AUGUUGUGGCACCGCUUGACGGUUGUGCUGAUUCUAGUAAGUACACACGUCCAUUGCAAAAGGAAAAAUGUAUUAUUUCUUGUGGCAGAUGACAUGAGACCAGAUCUGGAUGUAUAUCAAGGAAGAGACUCUCCCUCCCCCGUCAGAGAGAAGGUCCACGCCCCAAACUUGAACUCUCUGGCAGGGAAGAGCCUUCUCCUCCGUCGUGCUUACGUCCAGCAGUCAGUGUGUUCUCCCAGCCGCACCUCCCUCCUCACUGGGCGCCGUCCUGACACCACCCACGUGUACGACCUUCACACCUACUGGAGGAAGGCUGCUGGCAACUUCACAACCUUACCCGAGUACUUCAAAAGACAUGGCUACAAUACCCUAGGCUUUGGGAAGAUCUUCCAUCACGGAGACGCAUCGGGAGAUAAUGAUCCAGUGUCAUGGUCGGAGCCAUGCUAUGAAACCAGACCAAAGGUGAAUAGCUUUGCUGAUGAUGGGAAUUCAUGGCGCGCGGUACCAACGUCUCUCUUAAACAGCAAUUCCCUCCAAGACACCGUCACUACAGACAUGGCAAUUCAGAAGUUGAAGUCCAUUGCACCGAAAGCUCGAUCUGGACAGGAACCCUUCUUUUUAGCAGUUGGUUAUCACAAGCCACAUCUUCCAUUUGUCUUCCCGGAGAAGUUUCUAAGCUACUACCCAGAUCAAUCCAUUCACGUACCUCCCAAUCAGUACGCCCCUCUGGACAUGCCCUCUCUCGCUUGGAUCACGUACCCAGAGCUGCGGUAUUACAAAGACAUUGCUGCUCUGAAUGCAACAGGGGCGCCCAAUACAACCCUGCCAGCCAAUGUAGUAAAGAACCUGAGACGAGCCUACUACAGCUGCAUCUCCUACAUUGAUUAG